GCCCCCCCGCGCACGGUGCGUCUCGCCUCGCGCCGUCGCCGCUGCCGACGCGGCGGCCGCUGCUGCUUCGGGAACAAAGGAGGGAAGUGGCGGCGACGGUGCCGCCAGCUUCGCGCGCCCCUGCCCUGUUGCCCGCCGCCUGGAGACACCCGCUUCGUCUUUUCCGAUAGCCGCAGCGGGGUUUCUGGUCCCCGCUGGAGAGAGCAUCGAGAUGACUCAGGAGACAAACCAGACCCCAGGGCCCAUGUUGUGUAGUACAGGAUGUGGAUUUUAUGGAAAUCCUAGGACAAAUGGGAUGUGUUCUGUUUGCUACAAAGAGCAUCUUCAGCGACAGCAGAAUAGUGGUAGAAUCAGCCCAAUGGGAACAGCCAGUGGUUCCAACAGUCCUACCUCAGACUCUCCAUCUGCACAGAGAGCAGACACUAGUUUAAACAACUGUGAAGGUGCUGCUGGCAGCACAUCUGAAAAAUCAAGAAAUGUGCCUGUUGCCGCCUUGCCUGUAACUCAGCAAAUGACAGAAAUGAGCAUUUCAAGAGAGGAAAAAGUAACUCCGAAAACAGAGACUGAGCCAGUUGUUACUCAACCAAGCCCAUCAGUUUCUCAGCCUAAUACUUCACAAAAUGAGGAGAGGGCUUCUGAACUGCCCAAACCAAAGAAGAACAGAUGUUUCAUGUGCAGAAAGAAGGUUGGCCUUACAGGAUUUGACUGCAGAUGUGGAAAUUUAUUUUGUGGACUUCACCGUUAUUCUGACAAGCAUAACUGCCCAUACGAUUACAAAGCAGAAGCUGCAGCAAAAAUCAGGAAAGAGAAUCCAGUUGUGGUGGCUGAAAAAAUACAGAGAAUAUAAAUUAACUGCUUGUGAAAAGACUGACUGACUUUUUGUUUUGUUUUUAAUACAUCCUAGAAAAACAUGAAAGAACAAGUGCAUGGCCAUUUUUCUCUGUUCUUCAAAGUUUUACUUUUAGUCUUGUCUGUCUUAACAAUAUUUCAGAAUUGUUUGGGUGUUUGUUACAGGCAGAAUUGGAUAGAUACAGCCCUUGAAAAUAUUAUAUGCCCUCCCCAGAAUAUCAUUGGGUGAUCAGAAACCUGCACAGGAAUAGACAUGCACAGAGGACAGACUAGUUCAGAUGUGCCAACAGAUGUAUGCUAUGUGCAUAUUUGUAACAGAUCUGCCUUUCAGGAUGUGUUUGAGGUAUGUAAUUUUUGGCUGGUGGUACCUGUUUUGGAGAAG